UCCAUUCAUUCCCCGGACCUGAUGGUCCAUGUUCUUUUUGUGCCGCGUUGGUUUGUGGCGACGGCUUUUCUCAACGCUUGGGUGGCUGGCUGGCUGGUUGGCGGCAGGUGAUGCGUGCACCCCCUUUUGGCAUCCAAUGGCGUUUUGAACUUACCUUGUGCAUGUCUGGUUGGUUGAUUGAUUGGCUGCCCUUAUGAUUUUCUUGGCUGGGCCUGUUUUUGCAUGUAUGCAUGGAAGGAAGAGGUGAAUGGGUGGGUAGAAGGGGAGGAGGGACAAGAGACGCGGGUGGUUGGACAAGCCGGGUCGGGUUGGGUAUGGAUGCGGAUAAUGUGCGUGGGAUUGGGGUCGUAGUCGUUGGGAGACGUGACGUGACGUUGAUGGGAGGGUUGUGUUUACAUACCAUUCAAGGAGCCUAUCUCGCUGCAUGUGCGUACUUUGUGGUACCCUUUUCACUGGUUGUUAGCCUGGGAUUUGAGGCGCUCCUUCUUCUUUUCUGCUUCAUAUUCAUAUUCAUAUUCAUUGCUCUUGGCAGGGCCUGCUAUGUCCGUUUUGCGGUACUGCGUUUACUUGGCUGUAUACUUUACCGUAUUUACUACUUAUUACAUACACCUCGUUCACUUGGUCGUUACACUUCUUCUUACCUCGUCCCCACGCAUGGCUUCAUACCGCAUGGCUUUUCAAGCUUCACAACAGUGGCCCUACGAGACUCACGUGUCCCUCGCGCUCUUUUCAACCACGGAGGACCCGCCAACCCCUAGAAGCUUUACCUCACAGAAGCCGUGCGGAGCAACCAAGCGCUGCACACAACACAU